CCUCCCAUCUUAGGGACAACUCAGCACAUUUGUGAUGAGGAUGUCCGCCGCUUGCGAGGAAGAUCUGAGGGUUCCGCGGACAGUAAAUUGAUUGUUUUCUCUGUCUUCCUCUCUCUCCCGUGUGUGGAGAAUGGCAGCUAAAAAUAUCCCGGAGAUGUUAGGAUGAACAGGUUGUUGUUUAGCUGAAACUUAAAGACCCGCGGGAAGAUGCUCGGCUGUAGGACAUUUUAAUUCUCCUCACAGACAAAGUUCGACUGGAGCAGAAAAGAAAAAGAAAGGAUCCGUCAGUGCUGAUUUCUGUGGUUCAUUCCGACCUACGUAGAGAACAGAGAGCAACAGACGAGCUUGGAAGCAGCUUGUUGAUGGCACUGCGCACCGGGAGGACUUGGUUUGGGCAGGUCUUGCGCAGGGUCUCUCGGCUGCAAGGCUCCUGGUCCAGGCGCUCGAGCAGUCUCUUGUGUCUCUCCACUAACCAGGAGCAGGAUUUGGGCUUCUGCCACCGGGAUCACAACAAGGCGGGGGGCUCCAACUCCGGCGUUCACCGGAGCGCACCUUUCCGCGCCUCCGCCUCCAGGCGCUGUCCACACGGCUAUCCCCACGCUUGCUGCGUCUUCCCGGAGAAUCCGAGGGGACAUGAGCCCCUCGGUCGCCGGUUCCUGUUGGCCAUGAAGCGGCAAAACGUGCGGACCCUGUCCCUGAUCAUUUGCACGUUUACAUACCUGCUCGUCGGGGCCGCUGUCUUUGACGCCCUGGAGUCCGACUUCGAGAUGCGUGAAAAAGAGCAGCUGGAAGCCGAGGAGAAGCGUCUCCAGGGGAAAUAUAACAUCAGCGAGGAUGAUUACCGCAAACUGGAGAGCAUCAUCAUGGAGGCUGAGCCCCACAGAGCCGGAGUGCAGUGGAAAUUCGCAGGGUCAUUUUACUUUGCCAUCACGGUGAUAACCACCAUAGGCUACGGGCACGCGGCGCCAGGGACCGAUGCAGGAAAGGCCUUUUGCAUGUUUUACGCCGUCCUGGGAAUCCCUUUGACUCUUGUCAUGUUUCAAAGCCUGGGCGAGAGGAUGAACACUUUUGUCAAGUACCUUCUGAAACGCAUCAAGAAGUGCUGCGGCAUGCGCAUCACUGAUGUGUCCAUGGAGAACAUGGUGACGGUGGGAUUUUUCUCCUGCAUUGGCACGUUGUGCAUCGGGGCCGCUGCAUUCUCCCAUUAUGAGGACUGGAGCUUCUUCCAGUCUUACUAUUAUUGCUUCAUCACAUUAACAACUAUUGGCUUUGGGGACUUUGUGGCCCUUCAAAAGAAUCGGGCCCUCCAGAAGAAACCCCUUUAUGUGGCCUUUAGCUUCAUGUACAUCCUGGUGGGCCUUACGGUCAUCGGGGCCUUCCUCAAUCUAGUGGUGCUCCGUUUCCUGACUAUGAAUAGUGAGGACGAGCGGCGGGAUGCCGAGGAACGGGCCUCACUCGCUGGCAAUCGGAACAGCAUGAUCAUCCACAUCCAAGAUGAAUCGCUGCACCGGGCACGGCGGCGACGGGAGCCAUACCACGCAGAAGUGACUGAUCUGCAGUCAGUGUGCUCCUGUAUGCACUAUCACUCGCAUGACAGCCCUAGCCCGGGGAUGGGAGGCCUGGGCUGUGCCUUUUCCCACAAGAACUCAUUCAGCUCACAGCUGAACCCCAACCAGUACUUUCACUCGGUUUCCUAUAGGAUUGAGGAGAUCUCGCCCAGCACCUUGAAAAACAGCUUCUUCCCUUCGCCCAUCAGCUCGGUGUCUCCAGGCCUUCACAGCUUCACAGACAAUCACCAGCUCAUGAGGAGAAGGAAAUCUAUCUAGACCCCAACAACCACAGGACCAUAAGUUUUAUACACAAGGUCAAACAUUUCCAAUGCUGCUCCUUUACCAAAUCUUAUUUCAGCACUUUUUCCCUCCAGUUUGGUUGUAUGAAAUUGAAGUAUUCUUGGGAAACUAUUCAAGAACAGCAGGCGCGGACACAAGGGGAUGCAAAGCAUGAAGCAUGGAUGUCUAUUUUUUCAAGAGAUUGCUCCAUUUAAGAACCAAACAACACAAACUGCAAGACUUUUCCUUAUUACAGAUUUACACUACAGAAAUUGAUAUAUUAACCUUUGGUUACAUACCAAAUGAUGCACACUGGGGGAAAUGCUAUUUUUCAAAGGGAGUUGUUUCACCAUAACUUGAAGCAGCAUUUACCGUUAUGUAUGUUUCCAUUGCCUCACUGCAGACAGAGAAUUUAAAGUGACUUAAAGCAUCAGGUAUUGUUUUCUAUAAGCAAUCAUGUAUUUAAACGGAUUCACGACACAUCAAGCCAAAAUACUGUUGCCAAUAUUAGCAUGUGCAUUAGCUGUCAUUUAAUAGUAUGCCAUGGUUUUUGUGACAUUGUUUGCGUCUCUUUUCCAGAACAUUUGUGUGAAAGGCAUCUGUUUGUCUUUGAUCAGAAAGGAUCAUGCUGCGGUUAUUGAUAUUUCCUCCUGUUCUAGAAACAUCAGAUCUGGCCAUAAAAGCUUUAUUUUCACACACACACAAAUCAGGCCUCAGUUCUUUUCCAUUUAGACAGACUUUCCACUUUUGGGGUCUAACGUACCCAGAGUCUGAUAAUGAUUUUUCCCUCCCGCUGACAUUCAUGCUAAAUAUGAGUUCAGUUAAAGUGCAGAGGCUUCUCUCUGCAUUCAUGAUUUUGCGCAGAUAAUUAGCAUUCAAAUAUGGUUAAAAAUGUUUUUAAAGGCAGGUUUUUGUAGUAGGAGUUGCCUUAAUGGAUAACAAUCCAGUGCAGCCACAAACUGUGUAACAAAUUGAUGAUUCAGUGCUUUGGCUUCCAGCCAUUUGGAGGGCACACAUAAAACUGAUUCUAAAAAAAUAUUGCUCAAUUUACUAAAGAUGCAGCACAAUUUCAGACUCUUAGUCUCUCAUAUGGCUCAAUACCCGGAAACAACUGACUCUUAUGUUUUCCAUAAUGAAACCUAUCUUUCAUUUGACCUCGAAUGGUGACUUUUUUACAAAUUCUAACGCUAAAACAUAAAAAUAAAAGUUACCCCUAAUAACAUCACUCUGACAUCAGCAGGGUUGUUUUUCUAUACCUCGAAAAGCUUCAUGAGCACCAUAAGAUCAUAGACUCUAAAUAGAAGAUGGGAAAAUUCACGAUGACAUCACCCUUUUUUUUAAUGAGACAUCAGCAAUGUGCAAAGUAUACCUUGCUUUAUCAUUUGUUUUUCUAUAAAUGAAACCACAUUUGAUAAAAUAAUGAUCAUGUUAAACUAUUGAGAUCCUAAGCUCAAGACAACCUUUACUGAGAUCAUAAAUCAGCAGUAAGUUCAUUUUUACGUGAACUUCACAGAGUCCUUUUUGCAACCAGAGGAGUCAGCACCCCCUGUCGAUAUUUGGAAGUAAUGGCCAGCUUUUAUUUUCAGUCUCUUAAUGGCAAGUAAACUGGAGCAUUAUGGGAAAUGUCGGUCACAACUAUCAAGAUGGGGAUCUAUGAGUUAAGCUGAGAAAAGAUCAUUUAUAGGAUGUUUGAAAAUCACAAAUUAAGUCAGAUUAAUGAAGCUGGCAUUACCGUGCCGUGAUGUUGAUGAGUGUAAGCGGACCCAGAGGGUGGAAUUUUUGAUAAGUGCAAUUAAAUUACUCCAUCUGAAUUUAGAAGCAGUGUAUGUUUAAUUACAGACACAUAUGAGCAUGCUCCAAAGCCCUGAAUAGUACAUGAUGCAUGCCUGUAGCAGCUAACCCUGAGCGUGCUUCUGAAACCUGCACAAAUGUAACCACGUAGGACUGAGAGCCCGAGUGCAAACAGUGACGGGGAGGCAUGCAGAUCUGAACUGACAACUCUUGAGAUCUGGAUACACUUUGGAGCCAUUAGGGAAACACGAGGUGAUAAACACAUCAACAAGGAGGGAAAAGCUGAAUAGUGAGAAUGAAUUAAUAGGAGGGGACAGCUCAAGAUUGUGAAUAAGGCAAGCUUGAUAACACCAGGAUGAUCCUUUCACUCUCAGUAAAAUAACAGUAGAAGAAAAUGGAGAGGGAGGAUUCUUUUGUUGUCGAAAGGCUGAUCUGAGGAAGUGCAUGAACUUCAAUGGGCAGAUCGAUUUUUUCCAUUAUAACUAUGUUAAUUACAAACAAUUAAGAAUGAUUUACCAAAUAAUGAACAUUACUUUUGAUAAAUCCCAGCAGUUAUUUACCUCGCUUUAUGACUUUUAAUUCAAAAAAAGAAAAAAAAGAUUUAAAUUUUCAAUGAAACCCCCUUUUUCUUGAUUUCCUGUAGGUGAUGAAUGCAAUCCAAGAAGUCCAAGCGCACAGGCCAAACAAACCGAUGUACAUAUCAAAUUCUCAUUUUGAAAUUUUCAGAGAAAUGCAACUUAGAAACAUCAUCUCCCUGACUCCUGUGUCUUGCCAUGAGGCUAAGAAAUACUUGAUUAACUCUGGAUGUUCAUGUUGAUUACCAGCCUGUUUUUAAGGUCCAAUUCACAUGUGUUUAAAUUUCCAUCAUGUAAAUUAGUCAGGAUUGAAAAUGCAUUUUAACAUGCAAAUGUAAAUUUAAGUGUAUAUUCUUUGUAAAGUAUGGAGCAGGAUGGCGAGAAUUUUUUUUUAAGUUGCACAGGCCUGGGAGCCUUUUUAUUCCCAUAGCAGGUUAUGUCAUGUAAAAAUCAAUGAAUACUCCUGGAAACCUGGUAAAACUUCUGCACUUUAACUUUCAAGUUAAAGCGUGACCUUCAGUAUUCUCUGCAGCCUUGUGUUUAACAGGCUUUUAUUAAUUUCCUGGGUAGCUGAGCAUGCCUCACAAGGUGAAUGCCAUUCUGUUUGGGCAAACGGUAAAAAGCUAUGGAUCCUAUUCAGUCGUGACAAACAUAGGCAUGGAGUCUAAGAGAAGCCCUAAAAGCAUUGUUUCAUUAUUGGAACUUUACUGGCUUUUAAACAUUUUGUACAGCAUAUUUAGAUAACAAUCUUUGGAAUAAAAAAACAAGCCUUUUCAUGGCUGAGAUGCAUAUGUAUUUUUACACAUCAGCAUAUGUGCCUUGAAGAAACAGCAGUCAGUGUUUCUGUUAAAGUGGGCACAUUUCAACAGCAGAUCUGUUUGUACGUUACCAAAUCUAUUGUUAGACUAUAGCAGUCUGGCUUCGGGCUAACAAUAGAGCAGAUGCGGUUACAUAGAGACAGAUUUCAGUCCUGAUAAGUCGUAUGAUGAUAAGGAAAUCAACAUCUGAACCCCACCACGCAGAGUCAGGCACUCACUCAUUGACAAAGCAGACUGAAUCACUUCCUAACUUUUAAAAGACACAAUCAUCUCAUAAUGGUUCAAAAGAUUAUUGUGGUGUAUAGCAGCUUGGGUAUCCUUCUCAUAAUGCUGGGUCGCUACUCCUCAGUAAUAGUAACACUGUGCUUUCAGAGAUAAUUGCUGAGCUUUGCCACAACCUCCCACAAUGAAGUCAGAUGGUGCAAGAAACACAAGGAGUGUGAUUAUUUGACAGGUUUAAAGGAUAUAACAUGGAAAGUUCAACAUAACCCACAACAGGCCACAACCACAGAAAACUUAUAGUAUUAAUUAAAAACACUACCCAUAGCCAAUGCUUCCCCUCAGCCUCCUAGAAGACACAACUAUGCUAGCAGUUUUUAGAAUCCUACGUCACCUUACUAUCAAGUUGAGAUUUUCAGAAAACUUGACGUCUGACUUUUGGGGUUGAGGUCACUGAGAUUCAGAUUCGGCUGAGAUUUUUUUUUAGUAAAUACACCUAUGGCAUCAAUUUUUACCUCAUUCACAAACUUAGGUGUUCACGCCAUCUGCUCGCCCACACAGCAGGGUAAUGACAAUACCCCGAAAGCCUUUUACGGCUAAGGGGUAAAUACUGACGCAAAGCUGAUACAGCCUAUUUUCGAAGCUGCAUCAGCUAUUUUUUGUGAACUUGAAAGAAUCAGCUGACAUUAUCAACUUAAAACCAUAUUUAGCUAUGUUUGGUAGCAUGUGGGUACUUCAAUUAGCUAAUGCUGCAGCCACUCAGUGGUUAGAGAUGGCGACAUGACAAAUUGAUUGUGACUGUGUGCAACCAAGUCCGCGACCACUUGAAGUGAGAUGCCAUCUUUAAAGCGACCCUGAUGUAUCAGCAAUAACAUGGAGCUCUUGUUCUUGUUGCUAUCAGUCUGCAAUUGAAUGGGGUCAAGCUGGUAACUACAUACCAACAUCUGUUUGUGAUAAUAUAGAAAUAAACUGAUAAAAUGAUAAAUUGUCAUUUUACUGCAAAAUACAAAAUCGCCUUGUAACUGAAAGUGGCCCCCAGGCUAACACAGGUUAGGUAACCAGCUGGUUGCUGCAACUACUUUCAAUUGAUUGACAAACACAAUCACAGAGUAACCACGUAUUUUUCCUAGUCUCAAUUAGGGUGGCCUCAAUGAGGCGUCACUGAGCUAUAAGAGGCAAGCUAAAACACACAAACCCCGCAGUCAACGUUGAGAGUCAGGAGCGUCAGUUUUAAGCUAACAGCUACUUAAUAUCUUUGUACAUUGCCAAUGAAAAAGGAUAUGUUGUGAGAAAGAUUCUCCAGUAAACAUGUUUAACAUUACAGUUGGAGUCAUGUAUAGAUCAAUAGAUCUACUGAUCUAUACAAAAGAACAAUAUUUACUCUUUCCCAAGAUAAAUAUGCAGCUCCCAAGGUUUCUUGGAUGUUAUCACCUUAAGAACUUUGCUUGCUGUUUGAUGCUUGGCAGAUAGAUUUCUAGCUAAAGAGCGUUGAGACAAGAGCAGGGCCAGAAAAUCAGCCAUCCAAAAUGCACAAACAAACUUAGCUUAGGGUGAUGAUGAUUCAUGAUUCUUACUCCAAGUCCCCCGUUUUCUUUUUGUGGUUGUUGUUGUUUUCCCCCAUUUUACUUAGUCAUAUAAUCCCAAUCAACCAAGGAAGCGGAUGAUGGAAUUCCAGCUUAAUGUCACAAAAAUAUAUAAGGUCAGAUAGUGAGACAGCUGUAUGCAUCAUUGAUUUUGAUCUCUUUGGGGGAUUUGUUGAUAAUAUGAAACCUUAAUAUAGGUCAAGGUUAUCUGAAUGUACUUGAAGAGUACACUGACGAGAAAACAACUGUUCUUUUUGGACUUUGUUGUUGAGACGUUUCAGUGCUUCCUCCUCUCACCUGUUACUCUGAGAAUGCAGUACACCAGAAUGAUCGUUACCAUUAUCGAGAUCUAUCAUUACCAGAACACUGAUAGGGUUAACCAAAUAUCUGCGCUCACUAAGUGAUCAGUGGCAUCUGCUUUGCUUCCACUUUCACAGUAAAACCUUUCCAAGCAGCAUUUCUGGGGAAUGUAUCAGCCAUAAUGGAUCAUUUUAUUUUUUUUUAUUUUUGAAUGGAAGAAGCAAACAAAUUAACUCAUUUAAUCUUCAUGAGCAGCAAGUCAGAUCGUUUUUCAUCCCCCUCCCACACGCGUUCAUAUUACUCUGAUUUUUCAACCACCACGUCACAUGUCACGCUGAUGGUCCUCGACUGAAUGUUACUCUGUAACAGAUGCAGACGGCACGGAGAAACAGCCGCACACGCCAUUGCUCUCACCAGACAAACACGGCUGCAUAUUGUCUUCUGCCACGUGGGGUCAUACGAUACGGAGGUGAUUUGAUUCCCGUUGGUCAUUGGCUGCUGCUUCUUUUUACGGCAUCCCGUAUGUGGCCAUGCUUGGCUUCCAGGUGUUCCUUACUGCAUGUGGCAGUAUGUGCAGGCCAUUUCUCUGUCAACAGUGCCAUGUUUAUCUACGACAGGGACAAAGAGACACAAAUUGCACUACUAUCUGUGUAAUAAUAGAAAAUGUGUUCCAUAACUUCUAUUUGUGAAAUAUCCUUUGCAAUAGGUUCUUCUGUAGGUCUGAUGAACAAAAAAAUACCAUGUACCAUAUUCCUUACAGGAGAUUAUAGCCCAUCUUGCUGGUAAUCAUGUGGUUUGAGGCCACUGACGUCCUCUGUUGCAAUUUUGAAACUGAUGUCUGUACAGUGCUCUCUGGUGUGGCUCUCUUUUCAACAUUUAGAGAAGAGAUCGUUGAGAUUUGUUCAGAGUGCAAUGAACAUUUUACAUAACAUUUUACAUUUGUAUGUUUUCUUUUUUCUUUCUUUCCUUUUUUUUUGGUGAGUGUGUGUGCAUGAUUUGGUGUGGGUGACUCACUGGGUUUGAACAGCCUGGGUGAAGCCAUAACACA